UAUGGAGUAGAGAGAGAAAACAAAAACCUCAUCACCAGAGAGAGAGAGAGAGGGAGAAAAGAGUCCGUUUAUUUCAGUUUAAAAGAGAGAGAGAAAAAAAAUGGUGACAGAGGAACAAAUAUCGGAAGCGGUAUCGUCGCUGCUGCGCGAAUCGAACCCUAGCAAGCGUAGUUUCACGACGCUGAACCAGGUGGUGGAGGAGCUUCAGGCUAAGCUCGGCCACGACCUCUCUCAUAAGCUCGAUUUCAUCACUGCGCAGAUCAACCUCCUUUUCGGAUCCCAACCACAACCACCACAACCUCCGCCGCAAAAUGCGCAGAGGCAGAUACAGCAACAGAAAGACCGUUUCGUCCCUCCAUCAAACCCUAAUUUCCACUCUGUUCCUGUCAGUUCCGACUUCCAGGCUACCAAAUUCAUUUCUUCUAACGCUGUCGUCGCCACUCCUGCUGAUAUUUCGCGCGUUGAAGUUCCUUCUCCUGUUGCUGCCUCUGCCCCUGCUCUUGCUCCUGUUAACGAUGCUCCGAAGGAAAGUACUCAAACAAAGGUGAAGAGAAGAGGUGGCCCUGGAGGUCUCACCAAACUUUGUGGUGUAUCGCCUGAACUUCAGGUCAUUGUUGGCCAGCCAGCACUGUCGAGGACUGAGAUUGUCAAGCAACUGUGGGCUUACAUAAGGAAAAACAAUCUUCAAGAUCCCAGCAACAAAAGGAAAAUAAUUUGCAAUGAAGAGCUGCGUGUGGUGUUUGAGACUGAUUGUACUGAUAUGUUCAAGAUGAACAAGUUGCUAGCUAAACACAUUAUCCCCCUUGAACCAACCAAAAAGCCUGUUCCAAAGAAGCAGAAGGUAGAUGUGGACUCAGGAAAAAGAAUUACUGAACCUACUCCCUCUGUAAUAAUAUCUGAUGCACUGGCUAACUUUUUUGGGAUUACUGAAAGGGAGAUGCUACAGUCUGAAGUUCUGAGACGUAUCUGGGAGUACAUAAAAGUCAACAGGCUAGAGGAUCCUAUGAAUCCUAUGGCAAUACUGUGUGAUGCGAAGCUUCAGGAGAUCUUUGGCUGUGAAAGCAUUUCAGCAUUGGGGAUACCUGAAGUUCUGGGCCGUCAUCAUAUUUUUAGGAGUUCAUGAUGCUGACAGCAUUCUAUGUGACAGAUUGCAGGGUGUCAAUUCCAGUAUAGUUGGAGCUGAUCUUGACCUCAUGUUGAUAUGGUUCUGUAAUUUGACUGAUCAGAUUUGUGUUCUUAGGUCAUGUUGAUAAGUUAUUAGAAGAAUGAAAAUGUAAGAGACAACUAUUAGUUUGGCAGUGAUGUGUUUGUAGGUCUUGCAGUUCUUGUUUGUCUAACUUGGCACUUAGGAUAGAAUGACCUGUGGGUGGGUAUUCUGACACCUGUAAAAUUCUCUGACAAUAGGAAAGAAAAUUAUGUACAAGGUAUCUUCCUUCAAACAUUACCCAUGCAAUUUAUGUGUAGCUAAUGAAAUGCAGCUUGCCAGAUGUA